GUGGGAUUUGCAGGGAUCAUUGGCUUUGGCUGGGUGAUCAUGAAGGCCUCAACACCUACGGAGCAGCAAUUCUACGACCGCCUCUCUCCCGAACUCAAGAAGCAGGUAGACGCACAGAGACAGGCAGCAAGCCGAAAGGCCGCAUACGCUCAGCAGCUCGAGCUCGCAAAGCAGUCGGAAUCAGCAGAAGCGCCACAAUGGGCUGCUCAGGCGGCGCAAAAGGGAAGGGACAGUACGCCUCCUCCCAAGCAAUGAGAGGCGGAGAAGCGAUACGAACGCCAGAGUGGGCAAGGUGUAGAGAUAGCGGCGGGGGACAAAUACCAAUCAGUGUAGCAUCACAACAACGCAAAAGCACCUCUCGUCGCCCCGUCGAAGCAGACGUCUCCGCGCUUUGAUGACUGACCCUCUCCCGAGUUGAAGAAGGCGGAGGACCCCUCGUUUGCAUCGCCUACUCGCCCCCAGCAAAGGCAAGAAUCAGCGUUAGUCCUGUUGAAUGUAGGUCAUCGUAAGGAGUCACGCAUGCACCCCUGUAUAGAAAGAGGCCUCCAACUACGCCGUUUGCAGCCAACUACGCCGUUUGCAGAGCAGAAAGCGACGACCCGUUGGCGCUUUUAUGCGCCCUUUACUGAAUAGAAGGAGGCAAAGGGGCGCGAGAAGAGC